AUGGUUGAGUCUAAUAUAACAACUUCAUCUUCUACUGUUGUCUCCACUCAAAUGGACAGCAGUAGUCCAUACUACCUUCACCCUUCAGACUCACCAGCCAAGAACAAAGUUGGAUUCAUUGAUGGAACCAACAAGUCCCCUGAGAUCACUAGCACUGACUUCAAUCUAUGGAGCAGAUGCAAUGACAUGGUAACUUUUUGGUUGCUGAACUCACUCUCCAGGGAUAUCUCUGAUAGUGUCAUUUACUCUAAAUCUGCAGAAGAUCUUUGGAAUGAUCUUGAAGCAAGAGGAAAGGACAAGGUAGUCAAGUCUGUUCAAAAUGAGAGGCUAAUUCAGUUCCUCAUGGGACUGAAUGAUGCCUAUGUAUCAAUAAAAAGCAAUAUUAUCAUGAUGAGUCCUUUACCCUCAGUUAGUCAAGCAUAUGCACUGCUUAUACAGGAUGAGAAACAAAGAGAGGUGUUUGUGCAGUCUCAUUUCCCUAACAACUCUUGA